AUGGCCCCUACGAAACGGUCGCGUUCCGCACUUGGAACUGAGACAACUGAAGACAUAUUAGACGUACAGCAAGCAAAAUCACGCCUCAGCCAGAAUACCUUUCCCAAACGGAUUCGAUUAUCACACUCCACCCAGACGAAGCAGGCCAGCCCAGAAAGAGAUCAGGGUCCCAGCUCGGACAGUGAGGCUGCUCCUGAUGGCAACCACAGCGAACACGAGGACGAAAUUGAAAAAGAAACUCGUGAUAGCCCUCCUCGCACGCAGUACGAAAUCGCUCGCGAUGAUGGUUUUAAGCACCUACAAUACGAGGAUCAGGACGACCAGCGCGCCACACAGAAGAUCAAGAGCCGCCCUCAACGCAUAGGGGAGAAUCACGCAGCCGAGAAUGGUAUCAUAGAGAGUAUCGAAUGCAUAAACUUCAUGUGUCACGAACGCCUCUUCGUGGAGCUGGGUCCUCUAAUCAACUUCGUUGUUGGCGAGAACGGAAGCGGCAAAAGUGCCGUCCUUACUGCCCUCACCUUGUGCCUUGGUGGCAAAGCCAGCUCUACUAACAGAGGCGGGAGCUUGAAGAGUUUCAUCAAAGAAGGCCGCGAAAAUUCUGUCAUUGUUGUGAGGAUAAAGAACCAGGGCGUUGACGCGUAUCAACCUGACGUCUACGGCAACACUAUUAGGGUUGAAAGACAUUUUUCCAGGUCUGGUGCAAGUGGUUUCAAGCUUAAAAGCGUGACGGGUAAGACCAUUUCGACGAAGAAAGCCGAUGUCGACGAAAUUUCGGAGUACUGGGCCCUCCAGGUCGACAACCCUCUCAACGUUCUAUCUCAAGACAAUGCGCGCCAGUUCUUGAACUCGUCAUCAGCUUCGAUGAAGUACAAAUUCUUCGUACGAGGCGUGCAACUUGAACAGCUCGAUAACGACUAUAAGCUUCUAACGGAAAUUUUAGACAGCCACGAAGCGAAACUGCCAAGCCUCGAGGAGCAUGUUCGACGUGUAGAACGCGAAUACUCCGAGGCUCAGAAGCUCAGGGACAUUGCUCAAAAAAACGAAGAGAUGAGAAAGACGUACCGUCGUCUUCGGAACCAGCUUUACUGGUCUCAAGUGACUGAGCAAGAAGACCUCCUCCAACAAUGUGAUCAUCGUGUCGUGUCGUUAAAUGAGAUGGUGGCCGAGACUGAAGCAGCUAUUGAAAAAAAAUCUCAGACCCUGCUUCAGCGUGAUGAGCAGCUAGCGUGUGCUCAGGCAUCAGUCGAGACCAAGACCCUGGAGGCGGCUACAGUUCACGAGGAAGCUGAUGCUGCCAAAACAGAUUACGACGACGCAAAAAUUGCGGUCAUGGAAUUACACCAUCAGCUACGAGACGUGCAGCAGCGUCACAACAACGCAAAACAACAAGUCAAGGACUUCGAAAAUAGAAUUCAAGUCGAGGAACAACGGCUCGGCGCUUCCGCUGGCAGUGCUCGCCAAGAACAGGAGAAAUUGUUAAACGAAGCGAAAUCUGAAGAAGCCAAUGUUAAAGAGCAAAUUGAACAAGGGGAGAAAAGGCUCCCUAAGCUACGUGAAGAGGUUAAAAUAGCUCGAGAAUUCGAAGCUGCCGGCAAAGUCGACAUCAACAAGAAGAGGGAAGAGAUUUCGUUGGCUGAAUCACGUUUACGGGGCCUCGAAAGGAACGGAGGAUCCGCAUGGGCUGCUUAUGACAAAAACCUCCCCCACCUUCUUCAAGCUAUCGAACAAGACAACGGUUUUGAAGAGAAACCUGUUGGGCCGAUCGGGGCUUAUCUCCAGCUCUUACAGCCCGCCUGGUCGUCUAUCCUAGAGACCGUCUUGGGUGCCACAUUGGACAGCUUCUUAGUCGCGAACAAAAGCGAUCAGCAACGUCUUGCAAGGCUAAUGCAGCGGGUUAACCUUAACCGUAGCCCCCCAAUCAUCAUUGGCAAGCGAUUGCCACCUAAUGUGAACCUCAGGGAGCCAGAUGAAGGUUUUGAUACUGUCCUUCGCGUGCUCAAGUGCGACAAUGACUGGGUGCGGAGUCAACUUAUCGUGGCCCAUUCAAUUGACAGAAUCAUUCUUAUAAGAGAGAGGCAAAGAGCCCAAGAGGUAAUGUUGGGGAACUCGCCGCCACCGAAUGUUCAAGUCUGUCUCACAUUCCAUGAUGGUGCAAACAAACGCGGUCAUGGCCUUCGAAUUCAGGCCAAAGAGACGGGAGCAAACACAGCACCUAUCAAUGCCUUUAACAGACAUCCCAGAAUGAAAUCAGACAGCGAGACUCAGGUCAAACUGCAAGGUGAAGUUUUAGCUCAUCUGCGUGGCGACUUGCGGUCGUUAGAGGCAAAUCAGCGGCGACUAGAACAGGCGUCCAUAAAGUGUCAGUCCAACUUGGCCGCCCAGGAAACCGAAAAUAUGUCAUUGGAACGGCAGCUGCUUAGAGCUCAAGCGAAGAGUGAAAGUGUUGCCACAGAACUUGAUCAGUAUGAAGGAGUUGAUGGCAGACUUAUUACUCUUAGGGAGGAACUUGACAAGUGCAAAGCCGAGAAAAACCAUCAAGGCAACCAGUAUGGCGAAAUGCGCUUGCGACAGCAAGAGCUUAACAAAAAGGCCGAAGAAUGCAAGGAAAAGUGGGACGAUAAGAAGAGAAGACUGCGAGACUUCGAUGCACAGUUGAACAAGCUGCGUGUUGGCGUUCAAAGGGCGGAGGAUUUACGAAAGCUUGCGGUCAUGGAAAAGAACCGUGCGUUUGAGGACCGUGAUAAUGCGAUGGAAGAUAAACGACGCGCAGAAUCUAAGCGUGACCAACAGGCUGAAACUGUGGCCAGCUUUACCCAGCAAGCAAUGGAGAAAGCCCCGAACCGGGUGUAUAUUGAGGAGGGCGAGACUCAUAAGAGUAUUGAAUCUAAGUACGCUACCAUUCACCAGCAACUGGAGAAAAGGGCUGAAAGACUUGGGGCAUCGGACGAUGAAAUCAAGGAGCGGGCAGCGAAGGCUGAAGCCGCCUAUGAAGCUGCCAAGCUACUAUAUCAAGGCCAACUAGAGGAACAGGCAGCAGGGAAGCUUAAUUUGGAAGAUCGUCUCAGCAGAUGGCGGCUCUUUCAACGUCACAUAUCUGCACGAGCCCGUAUUUGCUUCCAAUAUCUGCUAAGUGAGCGCGGCUUCAGGGGUAAACUCGCGAUCGAUCAUCCACAACGAAGACUAUCACUAUUUGUGGAACCCGACGAGACACGAAAAGGUACUGGCGGCAGAAGUACGAAGACAUUAUCGGGAGGCGAGAAGUCAUUCUCGUCUAUUUGUAUGCUAUUAGCCAUCUGGGAAGCUAUGGGGUCGCCUCUGAGGUGCCUGGACGAAUUCGACGUUUUCAUGGACAACGUUAACCGCACUAUCAGUACAAAUAUGUUGAUCAAUGCCGCACGGCGCUCGGUAUCACGUCAGUACGUCAUGAUUACGCCAAAUGCGAUAGAAGGACGGGCUGCGCUCGACAAGGACGUGAAAAUCAUUCGCUUGACCGAUCCUCGCCAGCGAACCUUGGUCUAA